AUGUCUGACAAUAAAAAAAAAGUAGACAAAGUUGAUAUAAAAUCUGAUAAUUAUAAGAAUAAUGCUAGUAAAUGGAUAGAAAAUGCACUAAAAAGUGAAAAAGUUAAAUUUAUACCAUUUAAUCAAUUAAUAAAUUCUAAACAACUUACUAAUGGAGGAUUUGGAUCUAUUAUGAAAGCAACUUGGAUUAAAACAGGAAAUUGUAUUAUUUAUAAAAAGUUAACUAAUAUACAAUCUAUUAAAGAUUUAAGUUUUCAAUAUGAAAAAGCUUCAGAUAUUUAUAGUUAUGGUGUAUUGAUGUGGGAAAUUUCUAGCGGAAUUCCUCCAUUUAAAAAUUUUACUAGUAAAUGUGAUCAGGAUUUACUCUAUUUUAAUAUUCCUAAAGGAUACCGUGAAAAUACUAUAGAAGGCACACCUGAAGAUUAUAAGGAACUUUUUGAAAAAUGCUGGAAUUCUAUACCUGAGAAAAGACCAAAUAUUAAAAAAGUAUUAGAGGAAUUUAAAAAAAUGGGUUUUGGAAUCGAUGAUGUUGAUAAUUCAACUUAUGAGGAUUCAGCUCCUAAAGAAACCGAAAUAAGUAUUAAAAAUAUUUCGGCUGAAGAACAAACCAAUGAAUUGAAUCGACUUUUAGAUACGCAUGAUGAUUUAAUUAGUAAGUUAUUUAAAAUACCUUUGGCAUUUUAA